AUGUCCGCAAACGGCAUGGUAUCCUUACCCGUCUAUGUAGCCGAUGCAUUCGUUUCAAGUGGCAGUAACAACAACUUCACUGGCAAUCCCGCAGGAGUUGUGGUACUCCCACCGGGCCUAUCGCUAAGGGAAGAGGCGUACCGAGCCAUAGCUGCCGAAUUACGGCACUCUGAGACUGCUUUCCUCAGCCCUAUAUCUACGGGAAGAUAUGCACUUAGAUGGUUCACCCCGACGAAUGAAGUCCCCCUGUGCGGCCACGCUACUCUAGCAGGGGCUCGCUGCUCGGAUGACUUGAACGCCUCCACUGGGGAGGACACGCCCGAGAGGUACGUGUUUGAGACGGCUUCAGGAGAACUGGUGGUGACACGCGACUCCAGAGUUGAUGCACAGGGCUUGUAUUGGCUUGAAUUCCCAAGGAACCCUCCGGAAGACACCUGGCAGCCCGACAGCUCCCCACGAUGGGCCUAUGAUAUCAUUUCGGCUCUAGGCUUGCCGAUGGACCAGGUUGCUAUCUCGAGAGUAACGGAGGUUGCUGUGUCGUACAAGGCGAAGAAGCUGUUGGUGAUCUGUCGAGGCAUAGAAGGAAUCAAGACGCUUCAACCGGAUGAGAGGACGCUAUAUAAUUCACAUAGGGAGGAUAUUAUACGAGGAGUUAGCGUUAUGUGCUACCUCGAACAGCGACAGGAGAUGACUACAUUAGUGUACUCGAGGUAUUUUGCACCAUGGAAUGGCAUUCCUGAAGACCCAGUCAACGGCAGCAGUCACACUGUCAUUGCCCCUUACAUCAGUUCAGUCAUCGGCACUAAGGGGUAG